AUGGAAUUCCUACUUCACGGACGACAAGACAAACUGUUCUUUGGAAACUGCCCCAAGACUAUCAAAGAGGCAGUGACGAAGCUUGAUUUCGGCCGUGGAUACUCUAUUGCUAACCUAGCGAGUAACCGGCGGUCCGAACACGAGAUCUGGAAUGCCAAACAGAUUCGUCGGAUCGAAGAGAAUCUCGUUGUUGGAAGACUGUUCUUAGACCGGUUGCACAAAGAACCGAAGACGACAACAGAGGCGCAUGAGUGGGUCACCAGACUAGUGAACCUCAUGUGCAAACCAGAGUCACAGAAGCUCAUGGACAGACAGGAAAACCUUCCUGAAGGCACCUACGAGACAUCUGAAUUCUUGAAGUCUGUGGAAGCCCAGCGCAAUCCAUUGGCAUUGCUCGGACAGCUUCGCCUCUGGCUGCUAGCUGAUGAAAACGAUGUACACUUCGACUGGGCUGGUAUGCUAUCAACCUGUACAAGUAUCUGGAAGACAAUUUUACCAAUCCUUGGAGAUCACAAGAUGUUCCAAGGCGAGCAGGACAUGCUAGAUACACCCGGCAAUACCACAGCCCGUCUACUCGAAAUGGCGGCUAUAGGACAAAACAUCGGGGUGUCCGUGCCUCUCUUUGAGACAAUUUGGCAAUCUAUACAGAGUACGAUCCAGACGCCGUCAUCAGAGCAGAAUGGCAACAAGACUUGGGUCGGCGACUUGCGAUUGAACAAGCUUCUGAACGACAGCACUCCUACAAUCAUGCUCAUGAAUCCGGGCCCCGUGAGCUUCUCGAACAUCUACGCAAACUGGAGCAAUGACGAUAAGAGAGAGUCUCGUGUGGGUAGAGCAGUUUGGCAUGCGAUGCAAGAACUGGGUGACAAAGCUUAUAAUGGAGGAAACAACGAAGAGCAACGAGACGGAGAGGCAGGAGACAAGUCAGUUACCGAAGAAGCAGCGGGCGAAGAGCUAGUCAACGACAUGCAUACAGACGGGGACGAACUAAGCGACCACUCAGACAGUCAAGACGAGAGAACCGAGGAGAUCGACGAAGCAGCUUCAGACGCCGGCAGUGACUUCAGUGUGCACGAGUUCACUUUUGACCUCAAUGCGCUCGCUAAGAACGGCAGCAACCACAUUAUCAUGGGUAACAAUAUGAAAGCCCCUGUAGUCAUCAACAGCAUGCAGAUGUCUCAGCUACGUGCGGGACCUGAUGGAGGCUUGGUCGUGGGCGGCAGAGCCCCUAGCCAGGCUUCUCGAAUAGAGAUGCUACCUCCACGGCAGUCGGAACAUGCCCGUGCGAUAGCUUCGGCGGAAGAUGUCCCCGAACUAUGUGCAUGCGGUCUGAGUCGGUACGGAGUGAGUGUAAGGCCGAUACUGAAGAUGGAUACCAAGGCUGGGAAGUUGCAGCACCAAUGUAUGGGAGCGCUUUUUGAGGGGAUCGACGUGCCGAAUCGUGAUCUUGGCGACGCUAUCAAGGUAAGACGGGUCAUUGUUCCAGGUUCGCAAAGGGAGACAGAAGAAAAGUAA